GGAAAUACACACGCCCACAAAGGAAACCCGCGUGUUUCUUUGGGGUUCCUCAUGAAUCUGAUUAAUAUCGUUUAAUAAUCUAUACUAUAUCUAUUGUUCGAACCAGAAUGACUUUUCAUGUGAACUUGUAAGCGAUCGCUCACACAUUUUGAUCCCACUUCUAGCUACAUCACUGCGCAAGGAAUCUGCUUGUAGCUGUAUUGUUGGUGGUGGAUGCCACAUGUUUCGUUACUACUGUUAGCUAGCUAACGUUAGCUAGCUUGGAGUUUGUUCUUUUUACGUCGCUGGCGGUCCUUACCCACGGUUCCUACACUGGCAAUAUUGAAUUAUCAUAGAGGCUUCCAUGUCUUCUCCCUGGACCUCCUCAAUGUCCACCUCUUGAACAUCAGACUCCUAGGCCUCAUCUUCACUGUCGCUUUCCAACCCUGUUGAGAUGGAGAAGCCUCCCCUGCCCAAUGACGAUUACACGUCAGUGACACCAGAGACUCAGCUGGACAGCUUGGCUGGCGAGGAUAGUCAGGAGGGCGUAGUGGAGCCCCCCGCCCGGGAUGGGUGGGACAGUAAACUGGAGUAUUUCCUGGCUCAGGUGGGGUUCAGCGUUGGCCUGGGCAACGUGUGGAGGUUCCCCUACCUCUGCCAUCAAAAUGGAGGAGGGGCCUUUCUCCUCUUGUACGUGCUGCUCAUGAUCCUGGUGGGUAUUCCCUUGUUCUUCCUGGAGCUGGCGGCUGGUCAGUCCAUCCGGCAGGGCAGCAUCGGCGUGUGGAAGCACAUCUCUCCCAAGCUGGCGGGGAUUGGCUACUCCAGCUGUGUGGUGUGUUUUUUUGUUGCUCUCUACUACAACGUGAUCAUCGGCUGGAGCCUUUUCUACUUAGGAAACUCAUUUCAAUAUCCACUACCUUGGAAAGAGUGUCCUAAAAACAUAACUGUGAAGGAAUGUGAGGCCAGCAGUCCUACCACCUACUUCUGGUUCCGGAAGGCUCUUAACAUCACUGACUCCAUCGAACAGACGGGCGAGUUUAACCCUGUCAUCACCUGCUGCCUGCUGGCCGCCUGGACCAUCGUCUGCUUGGGCAUGUUCAAGGGCAUCAAAUCCUCUGCCAAGGUGAUGUAUUUCUCCUCGGUCUUCCCGUAUGUGGUGCUGCUGUGUUUCCUCAUCAGAGGGCUGAUGCUGGAAGGGGCUGCAGAGGGCAUCAAGUACAUGUUCUACCCUAAGCUGGAGAUCUGGGGUGAAGUGCAGGUGUGGCGCCAGGCGGCAACGCAGGUUUUCUUUGCCCUGGGCCUGGGCUUUGGCUCGGUCAUCGCCUAUUCCUCCUACAACCCACGCAGCAACAACUGCCACCGCGACGCCCUCACUGUCUCCACCAUCAACUUUCUCACUUCUGUCCUCGCCACGCUGGUGGUGUUCGCCGUGCUGGGCUUCCGCGCCAGGGAAGUCGCAAUGCGCUGCGUGACUCAUAACUUGAAGAAGCUGUCGGAGCAGUUCUCAGUGGGCCCUCUUGACCGGGACCUGCUGUCUGUGAUCAACAUCUCUGACCCCAGCUCGGGUCGCCUGGAGGCCUACAGGGACUGGUUCAAGGUUCACGGAGCCAAUGUCCCUGGCAACCUCACCGACUGCAGCCUGGAGAAUGAGAUGAACAAAGGUGUGGAGGGCACAGGGCUGGCGUUCAUAGCCUUCACAGAGGCCAUGACUCUGUUCCCGGGCAGUCCCUUCUGGUCAGCCUUGUUCUUCCUCAUGCUGCUCAACCUGGGUCUUAGCACUAUGUUCGGCACCAUGGAGGGCAUACUCACACCCCUCACCGACAACUUCAAAGUGCUGAAGCGCCACAAGACCAUACUCACAGUGUGUAGCUGCAUCAUCGGCUUCCUGAUUGGCAUGCUGUUCACGCAGCGCUGUGGGAACUACUUUGUGAUGAUGUUUGACGACUACUCCGCCACCCUGCCCCUCAUCAUCGUGGUGGUGUUUGAGUGUUUCAGUGUGUCCUGGGUGUACGGUGCUGACCGGUUCCUUGAUGACAUAGAGAAGAUGCUCCACUGGCGCCCUCCUGUGGUCUAUAAGUACCUGUGGAAGUAUGUGUGUCUGCUGGCCAUGCUGGGACUGCUGGGAGCCAGCCUGCUAAAGAUGUGCUUCAAACGGCCCACCUACACUGCCUGGAACAGAGAAAAGGCCUCCGAGGAGACUCUGGACUACCCUGACUGGGCCCUGGGUGUCUUGGCUGUUUUGAUUAUAUUCGCCACGUUGCCUGUUCCCCUGGGCUACAUCCACUCCACCCUGAGGAACAGAGCUAGACGCAACUCCAUAGGAAGUGGCCUGGGAACCGACAUGGGGGGCGUAUACACUAAGUGCAGCACUGUGGAGUGUGACACCCCCGUAGCCGCCCUAUUGGACGAACACCUGGAAAGGAAUAGAAUACCUAAGGAUUCUCCCUCGCCAUUGGCCGAGGAGAACCUCCGGCUCCUCCCACAGAGGGAAGGGGCAGAAGAUGUAGAGGAUUCAACUAGCGUGUGAGUGGGAGGAAACAAGGAGAAAACAGACUAAAAUAGGGAAAUAUGAGCUGCUUGAUGUCAGAUGUUACAUCAUGGUACCACAAAAGAAUGUAUACUGACGUAUACAUUGAAAAAUAUAUUUUAAAGAUAAAAUUACUAGUUUUAAAAGAUCCUCUGCUUUCAGAUGUUUUAUUUUAAAUAAUAUGAAUGCAGCCAUGUUGAGUUACAUUUAUUUUUUUUAUGCUAUAUUCCAGAGAGGUGAAAAACUGAUUUGUCAGUAACAUCCCUAAGGCUCAAACUGUUGUUCAUAAGUGAGGAGAUAUGUGUUGCCAAGACGUUGCCUCAAACACCUAAGGUGUUUUUCCACACCACUUUACUUGGUUGCUUACAGAUAAGGCUCAUGAUAUGGGGCGGUAGAGAACUCUUAAGGACUGGAAUAUUCCCCCCCACCACAGGUUGGGUGGGAAAGUAUAGUUCCACUGUACGAUGGUGUUUCAAAGCGAAAGCAGUUACACAGACCUGUAACAUGUCCUGCAAAUAUGUGUUGAGGUAACUUGGUGAAUGCAGAUUAAAUAUUUUCCUGUUUGCUUUCAGUAAUAAUUCCCAUACAGAAUAGAAGUCAUCAACUCAAUUGAAAAAUGGCAAUUGUUUUUUUUAGCCUAAAUAUUAACCAUCCUUGCCAAAUUGUAUAUUGUGCCAGUUUGUUGGUAAUACGUCAUUUUUCCUGCUUUUCACUUUGAAACAAUCAAUAGAAAUAUACUUUUCUGCCCAACCUGUGGUGGAAGGGAAUAUUCCAGUCCAAGAGUUCUUUUACCACCCCAUAUCAUGAGCCUUAUCUGUAACCAAGUAUGGGAUGUUAAACAUAAGUGGUGUGGAAAAACACAAUAGGUGGGUUGCAGGUUUGAACGUUUUGGCAACACAUCUCACUUAUAAACAACAGUUUGAGCCUUUUGGAUUUUGACAAAGCACAGUUGGUAGUAAGGUGCCAGUAUCAGUGUAUCCAUUUGAUCAGUAUAGGAGCACGAGCACCUGUUUGUGAAGCUGGAAAAAUUCAUCUCCGCACACUCAGGAUCAAUACACAAUUUCUUUAGGCUGCGCUUUCGGUCGUCAGACAUUCAUCAGAGCAUGAAUGAUUUCAAUUGAGCUUCCUUUUACUUGAGCCUAUUGGUUUUGAUUCAGUUUAAUGUAAGUGAAAUGUUUCGAAGUGGCUCCGUAUCCUACUGUAUUUUGUCUGUUGAUGAGGAUAUGAGCCAUGAACUUGACAUAGUGAGGUCCAAUUGUAUUUGGACAGUGACAAUUUUGUUGUGUUUUGGCUCUACUCCACCGAUUUAAAAAUGUCUGGGGUUAAAGUGCAGACUGUCAGAUUUAAUUUGGGUCUUUUUGAUCCAUAUUGGGUGAACAAUUUUCCUAACUUGCUGGAUGCAUUUGCAGUUUGUUUUGGUUGUGUUUCAGAUUAUUUUGUGCCCAAUAUAAAUGAAUGGUGACUAAUGUAUUGUGUCAUUUGAGUCACGUAUGCAAAUUAGAAUGUUUCUGAACACUUCCACAUGAAUCAGUCCCUCUAGGAUUUAGUGGGUCUCUGAAAUGCCACUGUCCAAAUAUUUUGAACCUCGCUGUACAUUCCACUUUACUUUUGGAUGGAAUUUGAUGUUAAGUAUUUUUUAAGAUACACUUUCUCAAAGUACUAUUUAUACAAAUGUGUAAUAUAAUGCAAGUACUACUUUUAAUGUUUCUGCCAUAUAUAUUUUUUAAAGUUAUCCUUAGUGUACGUGUUUUUUAAAUGAAAAAGAAAAGCAUCAGGCUAAAAUUAUGGUAGACUUUUCUGGCUUGUAUUUGAAAUGUUUGUUGCCUCAAAGCACAGGUGUCAAACUCAUUCCACGGAGGGCCGAGUGUUUGCGGGUUUUUGCGCCUUCCUUGUAUUUGAUUCAUGAAUUAAGGAACUCCCCACACCUAGUUUGUGUAGGGCUUAAUUUAAAGGAACAACCAAACACCUACAGACACUACGCCCUCCAAUGUUGAUUUGACACCCCUGCCUUAGUGUCUAUCUGCAGUUGCCACAAAUGUUGGGAUUUAAUAAAUUAAUGACUUGGGUUCUAA